AUGGCUCCCAUGCGAGCUGCUGAUUUCUGUUUCAACAGUGACGAGGAUGAGCUGCCGACAUUGAAUACCCUUCUUACUCGCUCUCCAAACCACCCAGCGCCUAAAUGUUCGCAGCCAAGAUUAACACCCAGCCUGGAGAACAGCCGUACAAUCACAGUUAACUCGAGGGCGCGACGUAAAGCCUCGGACAUACAAACACCCGAAAUCGAAGUCAUCGACUUAAUAUCAGACUCAGAAGACACAACACCUAAACGCGCCACCCCAACAGUAAUUGGAAAAGACGGACGGAAAAAAUGGGACUCGCCUCUAGAACAGGCCGAUGAUGGUGUCGUUGACGAGGAGACGGCGCCUCGGCGCAAAAGCAGCCUUAUGAAUCCUCGGAAGCCUGGAAAGAGUGAAUAUGGCCUCCAGUCACGUCUCAAGGAAAAGAGCAGUGACUGCCUAGCUUCGAGACAGGAGUCGACAAAAUCAGUAAGAGGUCCUCGAGGGCCCUUGGAACCGUCUCACGAAUCCCUAUUCACCACCAACAAAGCCGGAUCGAAAAUGGAAUUUUCGAAUUCUCCUGAUUCUGCGCAGAGAUUAUCUCGACCUCGAUCUCGAUCUCUCACAAAGGAAGAAUCAUCUGACACUGAUGAAGAGCCCUUAGCACGACACCCUCGUAAUCGGCGUCUGCGCCGACUUCAGACAGUGGGAUCGGACUCUCAGCGACCACUUUUUGACGACAAAAGUCGUCGAGAUAUAAUUCGUCCCUUUUCAUACCUUCAGCUGGAUUUUGAAGAAUCACUAGGAAGAGCUAGGUUACGAAAUCUUCCUGUCGCCUCUCCUAGAAGAGACAAACAAAAGGACCCGAUAUUACCUGAUGAGUCUCAUAUCAAGAUUCUACGAGAGCUAGACUUUGACAUUGCUGAAGGUCUGGAGUCUGAUGAUGAUGACCUGCGUGAGCCGCAAAUGCCACCUAAGUCUACUGCUAUUCAGUCCAGCGUUUCAAAAACGGGCUCUCCCAAAAAACAGUACAAGAAGUCAUUUGAUGCAAAAAAAGACCAGCUUGCAACAGAUUUUCUCCGGCAACUUGACGCUCGAAUCACAGAUGGCAAGAUUGGAGAAUUGACCGAAUCAACGGGGGGAGUCAAGAUUGUGUGGAGUAAGACUCUCAAGACAACAGCCGGCCGAGCAAACUGGAAGCGAGAGACGGUGAGCUCUAAGCAAAUCAAGGACGGCGUCAGUGUGGAGGUGAAACAGUAUCGGCACCAUUCAUCGAUUGAGCUUGCCGAGAAGGUUAUCGAUGACGAGCAGCGCUUGCUCAAUGUCAUAGCGCAUGAGUUUUGCCAUUUGGCCAAUUUCAUGAUCAAUAGCAUCAAAGAUAACCCUCAUGGGAAAGAGUUCAAAGUCUGGGCCGCAAAGUGUUCCAAAAUGUUUGGCUCACUGGGCAUCAAGGUUACCACCAAACACACGUAUGAGAUUGACUUCAAAUACGUGUGGACGUGCACGGCAUGCGGUUGCGAGUACAAACGCCACUCCAAAAGCAUCGACCUCAUGAGACAUCGAUGUGGUAGUUGCAAAGCUGUACUUGAGCAGACCAAACCAGCACCGCGGCAAGCUUCGACCGCUGGCAAGUUGAGCGACUACCAGCUGUUUGUCAAAGAGCAAAUGAAAACCAUUCGAAACGAGAACCCAGGCAGCCAGCAAAAGGACGUUAUGAAGAUGAUUGCAGAUAAAUGGGCCAAGGCCAAAACUAGUACGAAUUAA